GUGCUUCAAUCUCAUCUUGGCGAUCGCUGCGAGCCCCUCCCCAGCAGCAGCAUCCAUGGAUUCCCUUCGAGUCUAUCAAAGCGACGAUGAUUCCAGCAAUACCGAACAUGCCGGCGAUACCAGCGAUGCCGCCCGUCCCAGCAACCGGCCUCCAUUAGCUCCGUCGUUACCCUUGGCUCGCCAACCGCCAGCGAGCGCCGAUCUUGGUCGGACACCACGGACUCUGCUCGAACGGCUGCCAGAACCAUUGUUCGGGAAUGCCGAUCCACAAGAGACCAACGCCGCCAUAGCAGCACACCCUUCGAUCGCCCGGCACACCCUGGCCAUGGCAAGCGCACAUUCGCUCCAGCCCUCUCCUCAGAAACAAAGAUACCCGACCUGCCUUCAGCCAGCACCAGCAGCACCAGCAGCACCAGCAAUCCCCGAGCAACACUCGCCCAACUACCGAUCCGUGCACAAUCUCAAACGCUCCAGGAUAGAUGAACCGCCGCGGGAGCUGCGACCCUACACCUCCAAGAGAAGCCAGUCUCGCCAGAGCCAACCGCAAGUCACCACCGCGGACCAUGCAUCGACCGGUUCGCUUUCCCUCGAGCUCGCAGAGGACAGCCAGUCUGGAGAGCAUGGGCCGUUGAUCAAGAAAUAUUUGGGCGAUCACGAUUCGGCCGGCUCAGAAUUACCGCGGACCGUCGGCCUGUUGCUGGAGGGACACACCAAGGGUGUCAACCGACUGGCAUGGCAUCCUCGAGGGUCGCUGUUGGCGUCUGCAUCUCAGGACGGCACAGUGUUUCUCUGGGACUUCAUGAAUGGCAAAUCGCCCACCCUGUCGAUCCGCCACGACGCGUCCGUCAAAGAUCUGACCUGGAGUCCGGAUGGAAGUGUACUUGCAAGCAUAGGAUUCAGCAAGAGGCUUCUGCAAACAGAUGUCUGCACGGGGGCCACUCUGUUCACAGCCGAGCAUGCCGACUAUGGGACCUGCGUCAGAUUUCAUCCAAGAAAUCCCAACCUCCUUCUGUCGGGCACCGUCGGAUCCGGGCUGAUGCUGUGGGAUACUCGGAUAUCAAGCAACUGCCAGCGGCGCUUCCAAGGAAACUUUGGCCAAGUCCAUGCUGUCGAGUUUGUGCCCGACGGCACCAAGUUCAUCUCGACGGCGGAUGUGCUGCGGCGGAAUGCAGCCGACAAAGGCCUCGUCGUCUGGGACAUUGAAACGCCCACGGUGCUGUUCUCUUCGCUGUAUCUGGAGGCGUAUUCAUGCCCAUCGAUCCGAAUCCACCCCCAUGAGCAACAGUUUGUCGCACUCUCGAACGGCAACUAUGUUAUGGCUUUUGGGCUGAAGCCACCAUUCAAGCAAAUCAAGUCGAGGCGCUUCUCUGGACAGUCGGUCGACGCCUUCCCGAUCCAGGUUGCGUUUUCUCCGUCAGGGGCGACCAUGUCAAGCGGCUGUUCCUCGGGAAAUCUGGUGUUCUGGAGGUGGAGACAAAAGCCGCAAGAUCGCAGGAAUCGGCAAGAGCCAGCGGAACCAGAGAAGGUCGUUCGGCACGGACACGACGGACCAUCGAUCCAGUUUGAAUGGCGGCCGACCGUCCAUGUGGCAUCCAAAGUCGUUGGCGCCAGCUGUGGCUGGAGCGAUGGGACAGUCAAGCUGUGGCAGUAGGCAUUGUGCCCCCCCUCCCACUCAUAGAAGGGAUUACAGGCAAUCCAAUAAAAAACGGGACACCCAGGGUUUUGACCA